UCUCCUCUCAGUCAGGGAGAGAAACGCUCCAGAGAAGUAGAGACACACCAGAGGAGCAGAGACCUUGGACAUUACGCACGCAGCCUGAUACUACUACUACUACUACUACAGCAGGACUCCUUUAUAUUCAAGCAGCAGCAGAAAAGGAGAGGAAAAGUUUGGAGACAUGCAGUCAGUGUACCAGCAGCUGAUCAGCCUGCUGUUCAUCUUCAGCAGCCUGCAGCUUCACCAGCUGACAGAAGGCUGUUCAUGCGCUCUGACGCACCCACAGGACGCAUUCUGCAACUCAGACAUAGUGAUUCGAGCUAAAGUCGUGGGCAAGAAGCUUCUGAGAGAUGGACCUUUUGGAACGAUGCGCUACACAGUCAAACAAAUGAAGAUGUACAAAGGAUUCGAAAAAGUCCAGCACGUGCAGCACAUUUACACGGACGCCUCGGAGAGUUUGUGCGGUGUGAAGUUUGACAUCAACAAGUACCAGUACCUGAUCACAGGACGUGUGUACGACGGCAAGGUCUACACGGGGCUGUGCAACUUCAACGAGCGGUGGGAGCGCCUCUCGUUGGCCCAGAAGAAAGGCAUCAACCAUCGCUACCAGCUGGGCUGCAACUGCAGGAUUAAGCCCUGCCACUACCUGCCCUGCUUCGUGACCUCAAAGAACGAGUGCCUAUGGACGGACAUGCUGUCCCACUUCGGCUAUCCCGGCUACCAGUCCCGGCACUACGCCUGCAUCCAGCAGAAGGAGGGCUACUGCAGCUGGUACCGGGGCAUGACCUCACGCGACAAAACCACCAUCAACGCCACCGACCCCUGAAACCCCCGACGCACCCUUCCCCUGAAAUCCACCGCCGCCUCCCUUGACUCCGUCCCAUCCCGAUCACUUCUAGAGUAUUACAGGACUCUUUAAGCUCACUGGCCUGGGUGACGGCCUCUUUAAAAGGGGCAAAAAGAACGAAUCCAUUACAGUGCCUGUUUCGUAGCACUUCUGAUAGAAAACAAUACCUUUUUUUUUGUUGUUGUGCAGAUCGCCCUGUUGAACUACCAUUUUCCCCAAACCACGAAUCAAACCAAACCGUCUCUUCAGGGUUCAGUGGUGUAAAAAACAAAGACAGACAUUUAUAAGACCAAUAAGAAGUGUAAGACCUUAUACAAACUCUAUUGGAUCUACAAAGUUGAAGAACUAUUCUCCAAGACAAACAGCGGCUUGUAGACAAUUAAACACAUCAAUAAGUAUCAUUGGUAUUAAUGAGCGACCUGCGGUUAGCCUACUGCUAACCUAGUGUUAUGGUCAUUUUACUAGGUCGUGACGUAUCAGAUGAAUUUCAAUCAAUGAAAAAAGUACUGCCAAUAUCCACUAUGUAAAUUUAAGAUGUAAAGCUGCAGAACUCACACAGUUCUACGCAUCAACAAUACAGAUCGAAUGUGAGGUAUGAUGCGUUAUACGUCUUAUUGCGGCCUCAAAAGAAACGUUUGAAAAUGGUAUUGUUUUACAGUGAAGUAAACAUCGAUUAUGUUCACAGUUUUUUACUGUAACAUGUGUCUUUUAUGGAUGGUAGUAUCUCUGCUUACCUGAAUGUUUGCAAUGUAACUCAUUUUGCAGUUAUAUCACAAACAACGCCCUUUCUGUUGAGCACUGGCGAAUAUCAGAGAAAUGCUAAAAAAAAAAUUAAAAAAAAAGUCUGUGUUAACAGUGCCAGCGCCGGGAAGAGCUCUUGCAGAGAUGGUGAUAUUUUUAUUUUUUGCUGUAUAUAACAUAAGCUACAGAAAUGAACUAUCAACUCAGCUGAAACCUCUGUACUGCAUUUAUUUAUAUGUUUAUCGGAUUACACAGUAACUACGUGGUAUCAUCUGCAUAAAAAAAAAAGAGGAAAAAAUAUAAUAACUGGUCAAAACUACAUUGUGACAACCAUCACAGCCUGUGCAACCGUCCAGAAUGAAGGACCAGUAUCUCCAGUGGUAUGGUACUUAUGGUACUUUUGUUGGUUAGUUUGAUCGUAGUUCCCCAGACUGGUACUCUUCACCAAUCCAAAUGAAAGUCAAGUAUAAGCAGAGGUUUCAGAUAUUGAGAUAUUUUGUAAGUGUAUAUUCAAUCUUUUUGUAUUUAACUAUUUCAAAUGGACAUUAUAUAUAUAUAUACAGUAUAAAUAUAUAUAUAUAUAUAUAAAUGAAAGUAACAAUAUUGUCACUAAAUUCAUUCUUCUUCACCUGCUCCCUUCUUUUUCUUAUUUUAUACCCCCAGUGCCAUACCUUCAGUCCAUUCCAUUAACAGACACAGAUUUGUUUUCAAAGGGAGUAACAGCCCCCUUCAUCACUAACACCAAGAGAAUAUUACGUCGCUAACGCACUGUGGCUUUGACCAAGUUGGUUGUUUUCAAAAGAGAAGUUUGACAUUUUUGGGAAAUACGUUUAUUUGCUGCUAAACUAAGCUACGGUCUUGUCGCUGUAGCUUUAUAUUUAACGGACACACGAGAGAGAAGGAUAUAGAAAUUUGCGUCCAUCAGCAAGAAAGCAAAUAAGCUUAUUUCCCAUAAAGUCAAACAUUUUUUUUUUUUAAAACUCAUUCAUCUCCAUUCCAAAAUGACAAAAAUGUGGCGUUUUCCCAAAGUUUUCUUCAUGUGAAAACAGCAUUUAAACCACCUCCAGACACUCAAGCUAAAGUCAGAUCAUAUCAGAGGAGGAAGAUUGAUAAAAAGGACAAUAUUGGGCUGAUAUAUAUUACAAUAAAAUUAUUUGAUUUCAGUGUUUAAUGUUGCAUCACUUGUACUCAGCUUUCAAGAAAAUUGAAACUCUGAAUAGUAUUCAGCCUCCUCUUGAUAAUGAAUCUUUGACUUGCAGCGUACAGAGAGUCAUGAUUAGCUAUCAUUUUGUUUUUAAGGAAGUUACAAGAAAAGUUAAUAAUUACCGACCUUCGAGGGAAAAGACUUUGUGUAAAGCAAACAAAUCUACGCCUGUAGAGAUUUUAUUUUGUACAAAAACACGUCCUCUCCGUCUUUAUACGUGUUGACGAGGCUCUUUCUCCGGCUGUGGCGUUUCUGUGUCACUAUUUCUGUGGUUCAUGUUUGUGUAAAUAUACUGUCUGCUUAACACAGAAACACUUGGUCAAGUUUGAUCCUUAAAAAGAAAAAAAAAAAAAAUCCAAUCAAGGAAGCUGUGUACAGUCUGUGUGUAAACACUGAUUCCUGAAGUGUGUGUGUGUUGAGGUGGGGGAGGGGGGUUCCUUGUAGGGGUUAUAGAAAUGUUUGACUUAAUUUCUGUGUUUUAUAUUUUUAUAAUAAAGAUUUAAUGAAAAACGG